AUGUUACGAGCGGGAGCUAAUUAUUAUGUCCAACCGAUUUAUCCUGACGAGGCCUGGGGAUUUGAACUAGCCAGCAUUAACAAUCAUCACAAACCAUGCCCACUGGGCAUAGUUCAAGAAGACUAUUACCCUGGCACCCCACUGCUAUUUUCAUCCGCGAAUCCUAAAAAGAGCAUUAUUCGCUUGUCCACCGACUUGAACAUUGACUAUAACUUGUCCUACACAGUGUGUACUAAGUCCAAUGAUGUCAUCUGGACCGUGGGCCCUUACGAUCGACGGGCCAAAAGUUACUUUUUAGUACUUGGCGGAGUGAAAGAAAAUCCUGGUCGAGAGACGAUAAAGAACUGGUUUAAGAUUGAGGUGUUUGGUGAUAAUUAUAAGAUUAGGUAUUGCCCAUCGGUGUGCAGUGAUUGCAAGGUAAUGUGCAAGGAUGUUGGCGUAAUUGAAUUUAAUGGGCAGAAGCGUUUGGGUUUAAGUGAUGUUCCGGUUGAGGUGAAGUUUGUGAAGGACGCAUGA